ACGUCUUCUUUUGUAAACUGUCUUACGAUUUUACUUCAGCAUUUUACUGACUUAACCUAUAAAUUGGGCGCAUCAUACAACAAUUACCAAAGGAAUAUAUAACAGCAAAUGUAUGCCUCUGGUUUAUUGAGUGCUAUUUUUCUCUAACAGGGCUCUAGUUUUCCUUUUGGAUCAUGUCGCAAUCCCCAGACCAGAAAGUGAUAAAACUGAGACGCCUAACCCGACCUAAUGAAUUGGUGGACUCCCAGCUCAUCAACCGAAACCUGGAACCAUUGAGGCAGAAUAAUAAGAAACAGAUCGCCCAGCGCGUGUACUACCAAAAAAGAGGGGAACAUCUGAGCCCCUUGAUUCGGAACCAAAAGGACCCGGUACAUCUGCGGUUGGGCAGCAAGCAUGUACAGUUUAAGCGGCUGGUUCCUUUGGGCACCAACACGGCAAGCCUUCUGCCAAAGAUGAAGAAUACUCGGUUGUUUUUUCGAAACAACAACUCCAAACAGCCAAACAAUAAUGGUGGCACGAAGGUAGGCAACACUCCCGGCCAGUUCAGGAAAAACAAGUUCAAUCGGAUGUACUCAGCACAAGCACGGCUUGAAAGGAUCCGACAGAAUAAUCGCAUAAAGAAUUCACCUAUCAAGCUACGAAGACUGAACACGCAGUUACCGCCAGCAACUGAUCUAACGGUGCAUGUGAAAAACACAAAUUUUGUGCCUCCGGACCGAGCGAUACAGUACGAGAAUGGGGUGCAGAAAUUCAAAAUGAUUCUAGACCCCGUGAUUCAGCAAGAAAUCGCCGAAGUGCAGCGAUCGAGUAGCGGUUCAACCGAUAUUAUAUUGCCAACAACGCGAAUUACUCCCGAAGUAACUGAUCUACCCAUUACCACAAGGUUUUCCUUACUUUAAUUCGUUAAUUAUCGUUAAAUUUGCAUUAAAUUUACGAGCAAUUUUCAGUUGAGUUUUUGUUUAUUUAGGUAAUGGCAUCUGCUGAUUCACUUCAACAAAUUAUUCUGUAUGAUGAAUAAAUGUAUGAAUACGAUGACUCAACGAAAGGGAAUAUUUCCAAAUGGAUUUGAUGCAUGUUUAUUUUACUUUAUUACUUUCUUUGUAUUAUUUUUCCUAGCUUCGUCCAUUCCGCAUGGAAAAGGGGCAUUGGAUCAGUCCGCGUUAAUAUUGCACAAACAUUGGAUGAAACACAUUUUAUUAUUUACCAGAGCCCUGGUUGCACCUAUAAACCAACUCAUGUAUUUUUCCAAUAGUUGUUGACUAGUGAAAUUACAGAAACGUAAACUUUU